ACCGUUUCUUUUUCCAUUUUCACUUUUGAGUUUACUUGAAAUCUUCUGAAACUCUCUGAAGCGAGGCAACUCCGAUCUUGAAGAACAGAACAUCGAACCAGCUUCACGUCAUUUUCAGGUAAAAUGGUUUCAUUGAGAGAACUUACAGAGCAACGAGGUAACCAGGGCAGAGAGGGAGAAGAGGAAGGGGUUUUGUCAGUGGAGCCUAUCACGAUGAUAGUGCCGCCUGAGUUGCAGGACUCGCCGGAAUCGAUGGCGCCUGAGAGAAGCACCAGUUCGAGUGCGAGGGAUGAUGGUGGCGACCAUGCUACUGCGUCGUCUAGCAGCUCGUCUACUAAAAAGACACCCAGCCGUGAAGAAGGGAUGGGGGAUGUGGUGAGCAGUGUCUCAGAUCGGCCGGUGAUUGGGGAAUGGGAAGGCGUGACAAUCCCGAGCAGGUUGAGUAACCUACGAAAAGCACCGAAGGGCCUGCCCGCUGGAUUCAGGUUCAAGGCUGCACUUCAUCACGAAGUAGCAGAUUGUGCGCCCUCUAUAAGUGGGUAUAAACGACUGGAGGAGAUGGUGAGGGCGUACCACAUCCCCAAGACCAUAUUGUUGCGGACUGGCGGGCAGAACGAAAGGGCUUGCACAGUGUCGCAAACGGGCUGGAUCCCCGUAUAUGUGGACCACUUUGACGCCGGCCUGCGGUUUCCCCUGCCCGGAUUGGUGUUCGACCUGCUGGCGGAUUACGAGCUGGCGUUGACGCAGCUGACGCCCAACAGCAUAAGGUUCAUUAUUGGCUUUAUGCUGUUGUGUGAGCGAUUAGAGGUACCUGCCAAGGCGAUCGUGUUCAAGUCGCUGUUUCAAUGCCGGCUGUGUCCUAACUCCCAAGGCGCGAAGUGGUACUACCUCUCCGGGAGAGACAAAAGCCAGUUGUUCAAAACUGUCAGGAACAAAGUGGCGAGGUGGAAGAGGCAAUUCAUAUUUGUUCGCGACACGCGAACAGAGAGGAUAAGCAACGACCUCGCUGCCCGGCUGUCAGAAUGGCGCACGCCAAACGCCCACAUCAACUACCCACAGCUGUUACCCCGGGAUGUAGAUCUGAAGAACCAGCUGCUUGAGUAUGCGAAGAGGGAGGGUCUGAUAGAUCUAGAAGCCCUGGUUACCUUGGAGCAGCUCACCGUGUUCGGGUUUGUCGACGUGGCAAACCUGUUCACAGAAGGUAUACUUUUAUUAAAUGGUACUAAUUCUAGCCGGGCUGAGUCUUAUGCGUUUUUUUGUGCAGGAGAGAUGAGCAGCAUCUUGGAACGCCAACGUCAGCGAGCCCAGAGCUCACGAGGUCGCAGGGCGAGCAGUGGGCAACCCAAGCAAAUGCGGUUCGACGAGCGGCCACCCCCAGCGCCUCAAUCACGCGGCUCGUCACACCGGGGAUCCAGCUCGAUGUCGCGACCACGAGUAGAUCAGAGAGCUGAGGUUGCAGCUCCGAAUGCACGUAGGCGUGCACGGGAGGGGAUCGAGAGCGAGGAAGAUGAGAUUCCCCUUACUCGACGCAGAACAAGCGGGGGGACUCAGCCCGCACAGGCGGCUCGUCCUGCAACGGUGCGUUCCUCAAACACACCAUCAGCGACCGCGCGGGCAACGACAGAGCCUGCCUUUGCAUCAGCUUCGAUGGCGGGCCCCAGGAUUGCUUAUCCUGAGGGCUUUAGCUAUGUGCGGGCGGAGUGCCAGCCCGCCAUGGUGCAAGGGAUGCACAACUUUGUGCCGCCCAUGGAUAGUAAGCGCGCAAAGGCCUUUGUACAACAGCAUGGCGGGCAGGUCGCCAUGAUCAAACUAAUGGAUGCAUUCAGCUACGCUGUAGCACUAUACAAGAGCGAGCAGGGGGCUCGUACAAAGAACAAUGAGCUCGGUUCCAAGUGCAAACAGCUGGCUGCGGAAAAGGCUAGCCUUGUGGACGAUGUGAAUCGUCUGCAAGGCUCCGAAAUGGCGAACCGAGCUGCGGCUGCAGAGAGCCGGGCAGAUGAGCUCGCCAACAUAAACAACGAGCUCAGGGAGGAACUAGAGCGCGCCCGCGCUGAAAGGGAGAGCGGGAUCCAGGCAACCAAGGAGGAAGCCGUCCAGGUUGAAGAACGGGCGAAGAAGGCCGAGGCCGACCGGGACCGCACUCAGCAUGACCUGAACUCCUUAAGGAAUCAGGUCGCUAAAGCUGUCUGGAACCUGAACGCAGCUGAAGAGGCCUUGAAUGAGCUGAAGGCCACUCACGGGCGCUCUAUCUCCAUGGCGCGCGCUCAGGGCGCAAAAUGGCUGGUGGGUUCGGCCGCGUUCCAAGACGCAGUGGCGGUGGCGUCUGCAAAUGUAACCACGGAGAUCUACAAUGAGAUUCGUGGGAAGGUGCUGCACCACCACCCAGAUUUUCCAAUCCGCGAGUUGGUGUUCUUUAACGAGGAGGAGCUUGACGAGCAGGGUAAUAGCCUUACUCCCCUCACUGACACAACUGUGAGGUUGAGAUGGGAUUUGAACGAGGAGGGUGUGCCCGUCUGGCCGCCGUUCGUGCUAGAGGACGGGGAGGAUCCAGCAAGGCUGCCCUCGUUUGACGCGUGGGUCGAAGGUGCUCCUGUUGUUGAGCAGGAGCCGUCAAGCACGCCCCCCAACUCUCAGCCCGUUGUGGCGCUAGCCAGCUCGCCCGUCAGCGCACCAGCCCCUGAGCUCGCAGCCCAGUCUCCUCCAGCUCGCUCUCCUGCAGCUGUUGCUAAUGCAUCCAUGCCCGUCGAUCUGACGGAUGACUAGACUUAGGGUUUUUUCUUUUUGACUUUUGUAUUUUUGUUUUGGCAUUUUUGUAUUUGAUCAAUAGAUUCAUAUCAUAUGUACUUCCAAUGUAACAUCGUUGAUGAAAUACAAAAAUGAAUUUUCC